CACUAUAAUACAUGUUUCUGACUCAUGUGGAUGCCACAGGCCGUUUUCAAAGGGAUUAGUUGUAUUUUUUAGGGGCAGUCGUUCUUUAAUACUUGUUUGUACUUCCUCACAUGUGGGCCCAAAGGUGAACUGGACUUGACAUGUUUGUCGGCAGGAAACUUCUUUAACACAUGGUUCCCAGCCUAUAAAUCUCAGGAUGAUCAGGAUCCAGGAAACUUCUUUAACACAGGGUUCCCAGGCUAUAAAUCUCAGGAUGAUCAGGAUCCACUAUCUCACAUAGUAAUGAUGAUGAUGGAUUCUGACAGGAUGACAUAAGGUAGAGGGUUCAGAUGAGAGGAGAGGGAAGUCAGUCUCUUUCUCAGGACAGAGGGACUGGAUACACGAGUACAGGUGCUUCAGCAGCCAUUACAGGUGCUUUACUCCACAACAACACAACAAUGACGAUCUCCUACACCCUAGAAGUGGCCACUGCUAAGUUUGGAGGGUUUUCCAAGCUGCUCUUCAGGUGGAGGGGAAGCAUCUACAAGCUGCUGUAUAAAGAGUUCCUGGUGUUCUGUCUUCUGUACAGCUUCUUCAGUGUUUUCUACAGGUUCUUCCUCACUGAGAAACAACAGUUGUUGUUUGAAAAUGUAGCCCUUUACUGUGACCAGUAUGCCAACUUUAUUCCAAUGUCCUUUGUGCUGGGUUUCUAUGUAACCCUGGCGUUCAACCGUUGGUGGGGUCAAUACACCAGCUUCCCCCUGCCUGAUAACCUGAUGAUGGUGGUGUCAGGGAACGUCCACGGGGUCGACGAGAGGGGCCGGCUGCUCCGACGCACACUCAUGAGAUAUGUUAACCUCUCCUCUGUCCUCAUCCUGCGAUCCAUCAGCAUUAGAGUACGCAGACGGUUCCCAACCCUGGAGCACGUGGUGGAUGCAGGGUUUAUGACACCACUGGAGCAUAAACAGCUGGAUGGUCUGUACUCUGACUUCAACAAGUACUGGAUGCCUCUGACGUGGUUCACUAACCUGGCAUCACAGGCCAGACAGGAGGGCCGGGUCAGAGACGACAUCGCUCUACGACUGCUCAUGGAUGAGCUGAAUAACUACAGAGGCAAGUGCAGCCUGCUGUUUCACUAUGACUGGAUCAGCAUCCCUCUAGUCUACACUCAGGUAGUGACCCUGGCUGUGUACUCGUUCUUCGGCUUCUGUCUGAUUGGUCGACAGUUCCUGAACCCUGAGAAGGGAUAUAAAGGCCACCAGCUGGACAUGUAUGUCCCCGUUUUCACCCUGCUUCAGUUCUUCUUCUAUGCAGGCUGGCUCAAGGUGGGGGAGCUGAUCAUCAAUCCCUUCGGAGAGGACGAUGACGACUUUGAAACCAACCAACUAAUUGACCGAAAUAUUCAGGUAUCCAUGCUGGCUGUGGAUGACAUGCACCAGAACCUGCCCCCGACGGAGAAGGACAAGUUCUGGGUGGAGAGAUACUUCUCUGUCCCUUAUUCUACCGCUGCUGAGACCCUCAGACCUACCUUCAUGGGCUCAACAUAUGACAUAAGGUUCGACUCUGGUCAGGACGUCUCCAUACCCUUCAUCUAUAAGGAUGAGUGUGGUGAAAUGGACAGGAAGGUGGAGGAUGUGUCUUUAGUGAGAGACAGACAGCUGAAGGUGUCUCAUCUGCAGACAGAACGAGGGGAGGGGCAGUUCAAGGUGGCUGUGGAACUCAUCCCAGCCAAUGACAAUGAGCAGAGCUCUUGUUGAAAGAUCUGGGCAACUUGUCUAUGGCUUUUGUUUAUUUUGGGAUAAUUCAUGCAUUUUCCAUGCACCUGUGUGUCAAUGAUUGUGUGAAAUGUAUUCUACAAUCAUGUUUAGAUUGUUUGUAAUCCUGGUUAUUAAAAAAUGAUUUUGUAAAACAUGCCUGAUACUUUUUAAUAAUAAUUUUGUGUACAGCCUAUGUCUAUAAAAAACAUGACUUUUAACUUUGAAGCCUGAUACCAUCGAUAUACAUUGCAGAUUGAUUUCACGAACAAAAUGUGUGUAUCUACAUAAAUGAACAUACUGUUGGUAGUGAACCAAUCUGCCAAGACUGACAUAUGUAAGUAAGGAAAAGGGUGUGAUUGUUUUUCAUGUUUUUUUAUAUAGUCUUUAUUUGCUGGUGUAUUUCCUAUGCAAUUUGUUGUGUAAUUGUAAGAUGCAGGGCUUCCUUGGUCUCAAUUGG